AUGUCAGAACGCGCCAAGUGGGUGAUACUGUUUCUUUCCGUCACUCAGUUAAUUCUGGGGAUGCUGGGGAAUGGUUUCAUUGGGUUGGUCAAUGGCAGCAGCUGGUUCAAAAGCAAGAGAAUCUCUUUGUCUGACUUCAUCAUCACUAACCUGGCUCUCUCCAGGAUUGUUCUGCUGUGGAUUCUCAUGGCUGAUAGUGUAAUAAAGAUGUUCCUAUUCAAACUAUAUGAUGAUAGGGUCGUGGUGCAGGUUAUUGACUUGUUCUGGACAUUCACAAACCAUCUGAGCAUCUGGCUUGCUACCUGUCUUGGUGUCCUCUACUGCCUGAAAAUUGCCAGUUUCUCCCACCCCACAUUCCUCUGGCUCAAGUGGAGAGUGUCCAGGGUGGUCGUAUGGAUGCUGUUGGGUGCACUGUUCUUUGCCUGUGGCAGUGCCGUAUCUCUGGUUCGUGAAUUUAAGAUCUAUUCUGUUCUCCGUGCAGCCGAUGCCACCGGGAAUGUGACCAAGCUCUUUAGAAAGCAAAUGAAUGAAUAUGAGCUGAUCCAUGUUCUUGGGCUGCUGUGGUAUCUCCCUCCCAUAAUCGUGUCUCUGGCCUCCUACAUCCUGCUCAUCCUCUCCCUGGGGAGGCACACGCGGCGGAUGCAGCGGAACAGAGCCAGCCCCAGUGACCCCAGCACGGAGGCCCACAAGCGGGCCAUCAAAAUGAUCCUCUCCUUCCUCUUUCUCUUCGUGCUUUACUUUCUUGCCUUUUUAAUUACGGCAUCCAGUUAUUUCCUACCAGGAAGUGAGAUGACGAAUAUGAUUGGAGAAGUAAUUACAAUGUUUUAUCCUGCCAGCCACUCGUUUAUUCUCAUUCUGGGAAACAUGAAGCUGAAGCAUAUAUUUCUGGACCUGCUCCGGUGUGAGUCUGGUCAUCUGAAGAAGCCUGGGCCAAAGGGAUCUCUUUCCCCAUAG